ACAACUGAAAUCAAACGACUCAUUUGACUCAAUUCAAAUGGCAACAUCAUCACUGUCUUUUUCUUCUGCCCUAAAACAGAACCACCUAAGAACAACCUUGUCCUAUUUUCUGAAACAAAAUCGGUGUUAUUCAAAGUUAAAACAUGCAAAAACAACAUCAUCAUCAGCAGCAGAUUUUGAGAAAGUGGCAGACGAUGUACCAACCUCAGGAAUCUGUAGACCUUUGUCUGAAAUACUGAAAGAGCUGAACAAGAAAGUUCCUGAUUCUCUUGUUAAAACUCGUGUUGAGAAAGAUGGGUUUCAUAUUCGAUACAUUCCUUGGCAUACUGUGAACCGCGUUUUGAACUUACACGCUCCCGAGUGGUCUGGUGAGGUUCGGAAUAUCGCCUAUUCUGCUGAUGCCAAAUCUGUUUCUGUUGUUUAUCGAGUUACUCUUUAUGGGACUGAUGCUGAGAUAUUUAGGGAAUCAACUGGUACUGCUUCAACAGAUGAUACAAAUUAUGGAGAUCCUGUACAGAAGGCAGAAGCAAUGGCUUUUCGAAGAGCUUGUGCACGCUUUGGGUUGGGGCUGCACCUUUAUCAUGAAGAAGCGUCAUAAACAAGCGGUUUUUUGUGUCACAUUAACUGCCAUUGUAUAUUUUUGGCAUUUAGCCUAUGCUGCCGUUACUUUGAAACAAGAUCAUAUGGUUAGUUACCACUUAAAAGGUAGCAUUUUGUCAUGAUCACCAUAUGUUUUAUCUUUAGUUCUCUGUGUGGUUCAUGAUAUAGAACAUUACAGUAUAGUUUGAUCCAUUUUAUCGUUUACUCUCAUCUAGUAGGAAAUGAAAUGACUUCGAUUGUAGUUAUCUGAUUGUAUGGUUCAACCACUGUUUGGUUCAAUCAUAUGAUGUUUUUGGGAGAAUUGAUGGACUACUGUUCUUUCGAUAUAAAACAGUAAACGUAUGUUUAGAAUUUAAUUGCAUACUAAUUUUGUUGAUUACUACGACUAUUA